AUCUCCAUCUCUCCCACUCUCAUUUCUCCUCUCAAAAUGACAAGAAGAACCCAGAUCUUUGAGUCCAUUCAUUUGAUAGAUACACCCCAAAUAUGUAGAGAAUCCAUUAGAAUUCUACUCCUCCAUCCAACCCAAUUCCAAUCCAUCUCCAUCUUCCUCUUCUCUCCUCUCCCAAUCUCUCUCUUCCUUUCCCAUCUCCUCAUUCACCAAUACCCAAAAAUACCACCCUCCACUUUCAAACUAACCACCCUCUUAUUUGGACAAGAUGGUCCACCAUUUGAACAAAAUGGCCCACUUAACAUCCUCUCAAAUUCUCUAUUUUCAUACAUCAUGUGCUUCCCUUCGUCAAUCACAUUCCUUCUUCUCGGUAAAGCGGCGACGGCCCACUUAAUUGCCAACACCUACAAUGGGAUUGGCCAUAGUAGAAGAAGGUUGCUUGCAAGAAGUGGGGUUGUUUGGGUGAAGCUUCUACACACAUGGUUUUGGGAAUUCUUGAUUGUAUUAGGCCUUUCUUGGGUUUUUGGUGUGUGUUUGGCUACACUUCCCAAUAUGUUAUUUGCUUAUGGGAUUUGUUCAAAGAUGAUAGGUGUUUGGGUUGUUUUAGGAUUCCUAGGAAUUCCAUUUUGUAUUGUGUUUGCACAUGUUAUGGUUGUGGGCAGUCUGGCAAAGGUGGUGUCUGUUUUGGAGGAGGAUUGUUACGGGUUCGAGUCAUUAGUUAAGGCCAAGGAUCUGAUCAAAGGAAGGAGGCAAACAGCAUUGGCAAUGGCCCUGAUUAGCAAUGUAGGGCUGAGAUUGGUUGAGGGUUUGUUUGAGUUUAGACUGUGGAAGGGGAUUAGUAUGUGGGAAGGACCCAUGUUGGUGUCCAUGUAUUCUUUGGUGCUGGUCUUGGACACUGUCAUGAAUGUUGUUUUCUUCUUUACAUGUAAACCUUAGCCACUGGUGCAAAUUCCUGUGGACCCCAGUGGGCCCACCUGUGAUCAGCGACGGACGGUCGUCAAUUGCAGAUACUCCAAAACAACCAUCAGCGGAUUUUUAUCGCAGCCGUUCAAUUGAGUAAAACAGAUGCGAGGGACCUUAGUUGAAUGCCUCCGAUCAUUCGAUCCGAUAUGAUGGCAAGCCAUGAUGGUAGGUGGGCCCACUUCGGUCCCACAAAGGAAUUUGCACGGUUUAAGGUAAGAGGAAUUGGUACUUGAUUCUUGCUUUUUUGUUUGCAGAGAAAUCACAUACAACAAAUGUAUUGGCUCAUUGUUCAAUCUUAGUUGUGAAGAGAGCAAAUAUUUUAUAUGCAGACGAAUGUCAGACCCUCUGCGGAUGGGACAUAAUUCAAAAAUUACACUAGACAGAUGAUCGCAACCGUUCAAAGUGGUCUCCAUCAAAUGGAAUUUUAAAAUGAAGAGUAUGGAUUUUGCUAAUUCAAGAAUGAUAUUAA